AUGGAGACCGAGGGUUUGGGCCUUUCGUCUCUCGGCCUUAGCGAAGGUACUUGCAGUCAGGAUGAAAAAUGCUUUGUAUCUUGCGAAGAGGGCGAUACUGAGAACAAUUUGGGAGGCCUUAAUGAUCUAUCACAUUUGCUGGUUGAGAGGACUGAGGGGCGACCCACAUGUUCACGGUGCAGCCGUCCACAGAAGGUUUGCCUGUGCCCUUUCCUUCCAGUCCAUCCUUUAGAUGUCUCCACGUGUUUGUAUAUAGUUCAGCAUCCAGCUGAGGAGAGUCGAGUUCUGCGGACUGUUCCACUUCUGGCUGCCUGUCUUCUUCCAGGGAACUGCAAGGUUUUAGUUGGAAGACGUUUUAGUGAGGACAGAUAUCCUGAACUGGCCUCUGUGUGUAAAAGCCCUGGUACUCUGAUUCUUUAUCCCGGAUCUGAUGCAGAAAACCUUGAAGAACUGGAAUUGAACUCCUCAGCUGCACCUUACAACAUCAUUAUAAUAGACGGUACAUGGAGCCAGGCCAAGGAUAUGUUCCUUAGGAACCCGCUCUUCCACCUUCCAAAGCAGGUGCAAUUGAAAACUUCAUUGUCAAGUCAGUAUGUAAUCCGGACUCAACCAACCAAUACCUGUCUCUCUACACUGGAAUGUGCUGCUAUUGCUCUUUCAAUCAUGGAAAAGAAUGAUUCAAUACAAGAGGUUAUACUGCGUCCUCUCAAGGCUCUGUGCUCGUUUCAGCUGCAACAUGGUGCCCAGAUCCAUCACAGCAAGGAACACCUCCUUAAAAACGGAAUAUAUGACAAACCCAUGCCAAAGAAUAAACGCAAACUGAAAAGAAUGGAACUACUAAUGAACAAUAAAAAAAUGUAGGUAGAUUUUGUAAUUUUUGUUAUUUUACCUUUUUAACUGGGAAUAAAUAAGUAAUAAAGCCCAGCAAAGGGAGAAUUAAAUUGAUGGAGAAGAAUGCAUUUGUUUGGCAACAUUUUUAUAAGGUCUUAUGUAGAUUACUAGAUUGUGGAGAAGUUGAAGUCAGUAUUUUUAUUUUUUUAAAUCUGUUAAUAUUUAUUACAAAUAGUUCUCACAGCUUGUUCUUGUUUAGUUAUUUAAACAUGUGUAAAGUAAAUCAGGAGCACUGGAUUUAUGGCUAAUUAACCCUUAACUGUUGGGGCAAAAAGACACACCUAACAAAAAGUAAUGAUGUGGCACGCCAUUCAUGCCAAUGCAUCACAGAUUAAAUUGCCAUGGAACCUACUUUUAUUUUUCCCUCUGGUAUUGUCUUAAAGCAAGUUUAACCCUUAGCACUCCAUUUAUUCAGAUUUAAAAGGCCCUGCAUAACAAAAGGACACUCAGUACUGCAUCUCCAGCCCCGCCCCACCCCUUGCUCGCUG